ACAACAUCACUCUGAAGCUGUCCGCUGCCGAAGUUAGACGGGGUUGACUUACACAAGUCAAUUUAGUUCGAUGGAGGACACAGAUGUGGAGAUGUCUAUAUGGCCGGUUGGAACGACAGCGCUGAUUGACAUGCCGGAUGUUGUCUUGUUAAAGAUAUUCUCAUAUUUGAAUGCAGAGGACUUGGCCAUGACCAUCCCUUACAUCGACUUUCGCUGGAACGUGCUCUCAAAAAGCCCAAUGCUAUGGAAGGACAUCACCUUUACACCUCCUCCCCACCUGACAGAAGCAGACAUCAUACAGCACCUCCAGAACAUGCCAGAACUGAGGUCGUUCCGACUGCGCCGCGCAAAAUAUGUCGACGUUAUCAUGACCGCCAUAAUUCUGCAUUGUAAACACAUCCGACGUAUAGUUAUGGAAUGGAAACGUGGACCUAGCAAACCAAGAGUGGAAGAGCUGAUGUGUUUUGUCCCCCAAAUCGAAUGCUUGGAUGUCGUUAUUCCAGGUUCACAGUUUAACAUUGAUUUUGCAAAAUUUUAUGGAAAUUUCAAUACUGACACCACACUUACGAUGCUCAAUAGGUGGAGCUCGCAUUUGUAUACGAUUGAAAUGAACCCUUCAGUAGUUUGUCUUCCAGAUUCUGAAGAGGGUAUUCGAAAAAUGAUGGUUGAGAGGAUGCAGCAUUUGGAAACAUUAGGAAUUGCUUGCAAUUUGACGUCAAAUAUAUUCAGCACGAUCUGUAACUGUACGAACCUAAGGUAUCUCUUUGUUUCUUGCGAAGAUUUGCAAACCACAGAUGAAAUCAAUAUAUAUCAUCUACGAGCUCUAAACCAUUUAGAAAGUCUACAAUUGCACUGUCUACAAAGGUGCAUUAUAGGUUUUAAAGAAAGUUGUCUAUUUCCUCGUUUAUUUAAAUUGGAAAUUGUGGGCAGUGGUGGAGCCUUAUUCAGACUGACGUCUAUUUCUAUAAACCUCAGGCAUCUAAAUCUCCAAGACAGUGCAUUUGUUGAUGAAAAUCUCGUAGACAUUUCUUUAUGCAAAUUGUUAAUACACCUUGAUAUUUCUGAUAACAUAAAUUUGACCGAUAAAUGUAUCGAAUAUGUGGCAUAUGGAUGUCAGAAUUUGCAGUUUCUUGAUGUAUCUUAUUGCGAGAACAUGACGGACGGCAUUCUGAAUACUUUGCAGACAUGCAGAGACCUGCAGGCUUUACGGAUGGAUGGUUUUCAUUUUAAAGAGGAAAACUGUUAUCAAAUUCCAGCUCUGUUUCCACAUUUGAAGGAAUUCAGUAUUAAACAUAGUGAUGUAUAUAACAUUGCAAGGGAUCUUCAAAGGAACAUGCCUUCUUUAAAUAUUCUGACGUGUUUUUAUAGUUAUGAUUCCUGUGACUCGGAAGAGGACAUCUAGGAUUAAAAUGUGAACAAACGAUUGAUUUAGCUUUCAUUGAUAAUUGUUACAUUUGUGGGGUAUGUAUUUGGAACGUACGCUUCAGUAGCGCGGAAUGUAACGCGUGUUGUUAGAGGUCGUUUUAAUAUAAAUACAUUUAGGAAGGAACCUCUAUAUAACACGGUAUCGCGUUAUUUGAAUAGGCCGUACUAUAGUGAAUCUUAAUGAAUAUUUUUAUAUUACUUAUGUCAUAUUUCUUUUAGGAGAUAAAUCUUGUAUGCACUGUCUUUUCUGUAAGCUAAUAAAAUGAUUGCACUUUUAUAGAUA